AUGAGUUCACCCAGUAUCAUAGAGAUAGGUCUACCCAGUAUCAUGGAGAUAGGUCCACCCAGUAUCAUAGAGAUAGGUCUACCCAGUAUCAUAGUGAUAGGUCCACCCAGUAUCAUAGAGAUAGGUCCACCCAGUAUCAUAGAGAUAGGUCUACCCAGUAUUAUAGUGAUAGGUUCACCCAGUAUUAUAGUGAUAGGUUCACCCAGUAUUAUAGUGAUAGGUCCACCCAGUAUCAUAGACAUAGGUACGGAGGGUAUAUUGAUGGAGGAGUGUGAUGAACUAGGUAUUUAUCAAGAUGAAGACUCUUGUACAAGCUUUAAACUCUGUGUCAGUGAUAAAUGGGGAGGGUUUAAAUCUCUCCGUAUGAAAUGUCCGACUGGUACGAAAUAUGACCACGAAUUGAAAGUUUGUAAUCAUGAAGGCAUGGUCGACUGUUAACAUAUACUCGUCAUGACGUCAUCAUCAUUUUUCUUUGUUAAUAAAAUUUCAUGUAAAU